AUGGAUUCGCCAGCUCUUCUCUGCUACACCACGGCCCUGAUCAUUAUAUUCCUGCCAUCGAGUGCCUCCGACGAUCGCCUUGUCUCCGGUAAGCCGCUAUCCCCUGGCACAACCAUCGUCUCUGACGGUGGCAUGUUCGCCUUGGGCUUCUUCAACCCCUCCAACUCCACUCCAGCCAAGCUGUACCUGGGCAUAUGGUACAACAACAUAUCUGAGCUCACAGUUGCUUGGGUUGCCAACCGUGAAACUCCAAUAUCUAAUAACACCUCCUCUGCACCGAUUCUCUCCCUCGCCAACACCUCCAAUCUCAUUAUCUCCGAAGCCAUCAUCGACAACAGUGAUGAGAUCUAUGUCACAUAUAGCCUCUCUGAUGGCGCCCAACCCACAAGGAUAGUGUUGACCUAUUCUGGUCAGUAUCGGAUUGAGAUCUGGAGCAGCAGGUCGUGGAUCUGGGUUGUCAUUUCGAUCUGGUCUGUUGAAUGCAAUUGCUAUGGAUACUGUGGCCCGUAUGGCUACCGUGACGAGACAGUGGUGCCGAUCCCAGCUUGCAAGUGCCUAGAUGGCUUCGAGCCAGCAAACAAGUUGGAGUGGACCAAUGGCAGGUUCUUGGCGGGGUGCCGGCGGAAGGAGCUGCUGCACAGGUGCAGCAGUCGCUACUUGGCCGUGUUGGGGAUGAGGUCACCAAAUAAAUUUGCGCUCAUUGGAGGCGGCAGAAGUACAUCUGAGGAGUGUCUGGCGGAGUGCAACCGUAACCGCUCCUGUGUGGGGUAUGUGCAUUGCAAUGUCAGUAGCAGCAUAUCCGGAGGAGCUGCGACAAUGUGCUUGCUGUGGGCUGGGGAUUUCAUUGACACGGGAAAAUUACUCGAGAACGGUGGGGAGACGCUCUAUCUUCGACUUGCGGGUAUAGAUGCAGCAGGUGGCAAAAAACUUUCAUUUUGCAAUGCAGUUAGGAUUAUGUUGCCAGUUCUAAGCAGUAGUUUUCUCGUACUUGUAUGCAUCUCUCUUGCAUGGUUAAAAUGCAAAGGUCAAGUGACAACUGACAAGUUGAGUUUCAGUCUAGCUCAUCUGAAGUUUCUCUAUAUGCAGGAGGGCGAGCUGGAGGAGCUUGAGAAGGGCGUGGAGCCUGCGUGGGAGCGCUUGGUCCACCUGCUCGAGCGCAUCGUCCACAGGAUGAACGUCAUUGACCACAUCAAGGCCGUCAAGGACUCGCCCGACCUCCGUGCCGCCGUCAAGGAUGUCCAUGUAGUCUCUUCUUCUGUCACGCCGCCUGCUAACAAGGACACUGACGAGGUCUACGCACAGAUGACUCUGCAACCAGUAAACUCUAUAGGAAAUGACUACUACAUUGUGGGAGCAGGCAAGAACAAAAAUUGGAUAAAGCACAAGAAUAUACUCCAUCCGUCCGGAAAUACUUUAAGAUUGGAUGGUCUAAGUACCUCCGAAGAACAUGGCGGAGAAGGCCCUCCUCAUGAUCAACAUUUUCGAUUCGUAAGACUAGAAGAAAUUGUUCUUGCGACCCACAGUUUCUCUGAAGCAUGUAAGAUUGGACAUGGAGGAUUUGGCAAAGUUUACAAGGAACUAUUAGGUGCUCAAGAAGUCGCAAUCAAAAGGCUAAGUAGAGAUUCUCAACAAGGAACAACAGAAUUCAGGAACGAAGUAGUUCUAAUUGCAAAAUUGCAACAUAGAAACUUGGUUCGACUUCUUGGGUGUUGUGUUGAAGGAGAUGAAAAGCUCUUGAUAUACGAGUAUCUUCCUAACAAGAGCUUAGAUGAUACCCUUUUUGAUGACUCAAGAAAAUUGUUGUUGGAUUGGGCAACACGGUUCAAUAUAAUCAAAGGGGUUGCAACGGGGCUUCUAUAUCUUCAUGAAGACUCAAGGUUCACCAUAAUUCAUAGGGAUCUAAAAGCUGAAAAUAUUUUGCUAGAUGCAUAUAUGAAACCCAAGAUAGCAGAUUUUGGUAUGGCGAGGAUCAUUAGUGAUAACCAGCAAGAUGCAAACACCCAACGCGUAGUUGGAACAUAUGGCUACAUGGCUCCUGAGUAUGCAAUGGAAGGUUUCUUCUCUACCAAGUCCGAUGUCUAUAGCUUUGGCGUGUUACUACUGGAGGUUGUAACUGGUAUAAGGAGAAACUGCAAUAGUCAAACCAUGGGAUUCCCUAGCCUCACUGUAUAUUCAUGGAAUAUGUGGAACGAAGAGAAGACCGAGGAACUGCUCCCGCACCGCGCGCCUGUGCGUAGACCGAGCUCUCCUAGCAAGACCCCGUCGUCCCCGCCCAGCUCGGCCUCGACAUCCAUCUCGCCAACUACUAGCAUGGUGAACGGUGGCGGGAACAGUCCUCUUGUGCCCCCUCGUGUGGCAUGGCGGAAACAAGACAUCGCGCGGCACAGCUGCAACUCGAUCCAAAGAAACUGGGAUGUCUGA